AUGCCGGGGCCCUGGCUCCGGGUGCGGGACGACCCCGACCACGUGCUCGGCAUCGGCACCGGGGCGGUCGUCGAAGCGGGCCGUUUGUAUGAGGUCGACUUGUGGGAGGCUGACUAUUCCACCAGGCAGGGCACGGGUCUGCUCUUGGCUAAGGGCGACGCGUGCCUCGGGAAGAUGGUGGCUAUGAAGUUUGUCGCCUGCUCGGACGACUUCUACGCGUAUUGGUUCCAGCAUGAGGCCAGCUACACGUUGACCUACCACUUGUGCAAGAAGGCGGCCGUCGAUUGCCAGGAGGCCCCUGAGGCGGACGUCCAUGUCGACGGCUUCCGGCGGGUCCUCCCCGAGGACAUCUUGGAGGGCCGCCUCCGUUGGCUAAAGGGGCCAGCGCGCAGGCGGGCUGAGGAGUUGGCAAAAUCUUUGCAAGAAGAUGCGCCUCCAGCGGGCGCGGCUGGUGGCAAGGAGGCCGAAGGCGCGCCUGGCGAGAAGGCUGGGGGCGCGCCCGGAGGCCGCCUCUUCCCUCCAGACCGGCAGGCGGAGGACCAGAAGGGCGGCCUGGCGAAGGACAUCCGCGAUCUUCGGGAGGACCUGCGGGACUCCCCGGCAGCGCGGAGGAGCCGGUCGCGGCGAGGCCGCCGCCGUGAUGAGCCCUGCCAGGACGACCCUUUCGCGGCGGGGUCCAAGGCGGUGCCGGAGCGGGACCGCCGUCGCGAGCCUGACCGUCGCGAGCUGGACCGCCGCGACCCCGACCGCCAGGAGGGGACGCCAGCGUUCGCGGGAGCGGAGGCGCAGCCGCUCGCGGUCUCCGUCGCGAGGGAGUCGUACCCGCCGGCAGCGCUCGAGGGCCGGGGAGUUUUUGGCAGCGGCUCCUCUCCAACCGGGCACACGCACAUGAGCCUGGUGGAGUACUCCCGGACGCAUCCCAGUCGGCUCGCCCAUCGUCUUCUUUCGAAGAAGGCGGCGGCGACGGACCGUGGGGAGGAGCCGACGACCUUGGAGGGAGCACCCCCGGCCGCCGCCGUGUCCUAUUUCCUGGGCAUCUUCCAGAACAGCCAUCCGAGCCUCGGCAUUCGGAAUGCCCGCGAGGCCCGCACCUUGUGCAAAGCCUUGGAUCUCUUGGCGGCCAAGGCGUACGGGCAGGCUGCCGACUUGCUCGCCCAGCGGCUCAAAGCGGUGGAGCAAGCCACCGUGGACGGGCACUGGGGGAAGGCAGGGUGGCUGGAACUCCUUCCCCCCGAAGGCACUACGCUGGUGGACAGAGAGGAGGAGUACAUGACGACGAAGGAGGAGGAGUUGCAGUGGAAGCUGAAAGGCGGGUGGUCGAAGGGGAAAGGCAAAGACAAGGACAAGGCCGCCCUUGACAUCGAAGAUUGGCGGAAGAACCUCCGGGGAGAGACUCCUCACGCGGUUUCGGGCGCACAGAUGGGGAGGUGGCUGCGGGGGGCGCUGGUUUCCAUGCCAUCCGCCUUGGGCCAGUACGUCCGCACCGCUGCACUUCGGCCCAGCCGGGGCCACAAUGGCGCGCAGCGCUCCCUGUUGCCGCUUCCCGUGGCGCCGCUCGAGGAGAUGGUGCGGCCGCGCGCUCUCGAGCUCUCGGUUGACCCUGGCCUGGCUGUUGACUGGACCUGGGUGGUGGUGAUGCUGAUUAAUUUCUUGGGCUCCGGGAUGGCUGCGGAGCCGGGGAAGGAAUCGAGUUCCUCCCAGUUGGGCCGGGAGCCGGUCCCAGACGGGCCAUUGGGCCCCCUCCAUAGGCAGGCGCUUGAGAGGCUAGUGACCCAGGUGCUGUGGUUCUUGGCCGAGGAUGACGUGGACGACUGGGGGGCUAAGUACGCCGAGGCUCGGCGGCGGAAGUACACCUACGAGGGAGAGACCAUCAGCGUGAGGAGGGAGCUGAUAGCCAACAAGGUUAUCCCUACGUGGCCGGCUCCUGGCUGCGCCGCGCUUCACCCGGCCGCCGACUUCCUCGAAGACCCCCUCCGGGAGCGAUACCUCGACCCGUACAGGUGUCUGAAGCCGCAUGAGGAGUGGCCCACGUCUGUGCACAAGUCCCGCGUGCAUGGCAACCUGACGGAAUGGGAUGCCAUAGCGGCGGAGGGCUUGAAGAGGGGUAUCUUUUGGGAGGUCCCCGAGGACGACAUCUUUGUUGCCCCCAACGGCGAGAAGGUCCUGAAUGGCGCCAUGGGGGUGGACAAGUUCAAGGAGGCUCCGGACGGCGAGGUCCUGCACUUGCUUCGCUUCAUCACCAUUAUGACGCCGGUGAACCAGUUCAUGGCCACGCUGGAGGGGGACGCGAAUAAGCUGCCAUACCUGGGCCAUGCACUUUUGAUUAUCCUCGGAAGCUGCGAGGAGGCGCUCGUGGACAGCGAGGAUUUCGAGAGCUGCUUUAACUUGUUCGUGCAGCCCCUGGCUUGGCGCGGCUUCACAGCAUACGAGCGCAUGGUCAGUGGCUUUGUGAAGGGCCCGGACUGCUCGGACUUCCGCGUGGGUAUCCGCACGGUCCCCAUGGGCUACAGGGGGGCCGUCGAUUUGGUCCAGCACUUGGUCCGACGCCUGGUUUUUGUCCGAGCCGGAGUGGCCCCGGAGACGGAAGUGGCAAAGGGCAGCCUCGUCCCGACGGGCCCUGACUACUCGAUGGUGGUGCUGGACUCGUUCGACUACGUACGCGUGCUGGACAAGGCCCUGGCAGGGAGUGAGCUUGAGCGCGAAUCCCCCGAGCACGCGCGGUUCGUGGGGGUGUGUCGGGAAUUGGGACUCCCACUCAACGUUGGCAAGCGGCUUGUGGGCAGCUACCGGGCCACCAUCCAGGGGGGCGAGUUCGAUUUGAAGCUGGGGCUGUAUGCCCAUGCCCGGAGGCGGAGCCGACAUGCCAUUAGGCUCUCCAUGGGGAUGCUCAUGGACUCCGCCUGGACCGAGGGAGUUGUACGGCACUGGGGAGGCCUAGCGUGCUAUGCCGCCUCCUAUCGCCGGCCGUUGUAUUCGGUACUCCAGGACAUCUUCCGCCUGCUGGAGUGCCCCGGGGAGCUCAAAACGCCGAACCUGCAGGUCCUCACCGAGAUCAUCACUUUUGCGGGCUUGCUGCCGAUGGCCGCCGGGAGCUUGAGGGCGGAGGUGUACGAGCAUAUCUCAAUUACCGACGCCUCUCCCACCGGAGGCGGCGCCGCGGUCGCGAAGGAGUUCUCCCGGCUCGUGCCCGCCCCAGCCUGGCCAGGACCUGAAGCGCGGGAUCCGUGCAAGGCCCCCUACCCUUGCCCGGCGAGGUGCGGGUACGCGGCCGGAGGCUUGGAGGAGCUUCUUGCGCAUCGGCGGAAGCCGGAAGGGCCAGAUACCGGGCCCUGCUGCCAGGCGUUGGAGCUGGGUUCAUUCCCUACGUUUGUGGAAGUAUUCUCGGGGACCAGCGCCAAGCUCACCUGCGCGGUCGCGAAGACUGGGGUAGAGGUGGCGCCGCCGUACGACGCGCGUCGCCCAGGCAUGCCGGACUUCCUGGAGCCGGCGGGGGCCGAGUACGUCCGCAAGUUGGUGGAGAAGUCUCCCAUCCUCUGGGAGCACUGGGCGCCAGGGGUCCGACUCAUGCUCAAGGGCGCGCGCUCCCCCGCCGUGCGAGGCCGCCGGCAUCCCAGAGGAUUGCCGUGGCUGCGGGGGCGCACCCUGGACCGGGUCCGGGAGUCCAACAAGAUGGCCGACGCUGCCCUCGCUCGAGUUGGACGCCGGGCGGAUAGCUGGGGAGUGAGUGUGUUGGCGCACCCCUGCAGGAGCUGGCUAUUCCGUUUCCCCUUGGCUCGGCGCCUUGCGCGGCAAAAGGGGAUUUACCUCGCGAAGUGCUGGGUUCAAGGUUUUGGGGGGCGCCGGAACCCGGUUUCGGUGCUGCUCCACAAUUGCCCGGCGCUGCACGUCCGGUUCCACUUGGAGGACGGGCCGGGGCUCGAGGGGCCCUUUGCGACUCGCCAGGCCCAGGCAGGCCCUCGAGGCGAUCAGCUGGAGGACGGCUACCCGGAGGAGUUCUGCGCCGCGUACGCGGACGUCGUCCAGCAUGUCUUCCUCGAGCUGGGCGGCCACUUGUUCCCGCGGGAGCUCACGGCCCAGGCGCGGCGGCUCCGGGGCCAGCUCCAGGGCGCCAGCAGACGCCUGGCGGAGGAGAUUGUCAACAACGCGGUGGCUGACGAGCUUCACGCGUUCCUCAAGAACAUGCGCCAGGGCCAGGAGGUGGAGCACCUUCGGGACCUGUGCCGCAGGAUCGAUCAUCGAGGCUCGGACGUGCAGCUGUGGGCCGGAGAACUCCACAGGGCGUGCAGGCAGGUAGCGCCAUGCCCAGCUUUCCGCUGGGCGUGGAAGACCGUGGCGGCGUACAGCUGGAGGUCCCCUCAGCAUAUCUCCAUCCUGGAGGUGGUGGCUUUCCUGAACCACGUGACCGAGGCGGCGCAAUCGCGCCGGUUCUUGGGGAAGCGAUUCUUCCACGUCGUCGAUAGCCAGGUGGCGGCCGCAGUGGUCGCCAAAGGUCGCUCGUCUUCUCGAUCUCUCAACUCGCAGCUCCGGAAGCUGGCGGGGCUUCUCCUUGCAGGUGACAUCUACCCGUUGAUGGUGUGGGCUCUUUCUGGUUGGAACUUCGCGGAUGCGCAGCAAUUAGAUUAUGAGGUUUCCGAGUUCAUGAACCAUUUGUGGCUCGACGAUCACCCGGAGGGCAUGGCCGCCGAUGUACUUUCAGCCCUGGGCCGCUUCUUGCCUAGGGCGCGUGACCAAUUACCCAUAAGCAGGUUCUACGUGACGAAUUGGCGGCGCACCGUGCAACGAGUCCGAGUCCUACCUAUUACGAAUAUUAUGGUUUGUGGCAUGGCGGGGUUCGCGCUCCUUGACCAGGACUUCGGGUUCGCCGCCGCCAUUCUCGCCGGCUUCGCCGGUCUACUUCGUACUUCAGAGGUCGUCAAUUUACGAUUCCAGGACAUUAUGUACUUAGGUGAUCACGGGGGGGCCAUCCCGGUCCUGCGGGGCUCCAAAUCCGGCCAGCGCUACAACAUUCACGAAAAGGUGUGGCUCUAA